GCCCACGUGAGUGCGCCGGACGAAUCAGAAGCCCCGCCUUCUUGUGGGCGGAGACUUGGAGGCUCAAGAGGAAAGGGAGGUUGAAGGGAGCGUGGAAAGAAGGCCACCUCAUCUGAUGAGAAAGGAAAGGAAAGCCGUAACAUAAUGGCAAUACAGCUCCUGUCCCGUCGCUUCUCUGCAGGUGUUCUCACACAGGGCGUUCCUUUCCACCUUUGGAUGUGUUUGGCCCCCAGGGUGGGGGCUGCGCCAAAGGAACACUUGGGUUGGGCCAGAAACCCACACCAUCUGCUCAGAUAUCUGGGCCCAAGGACUCUUAGCUCGUCCCCUGUAGUCUACAGCAAAGAUCCGAAAGAUAUUCAGCCAACGGACCCCCGGGAGCUUGCUGGGGAAGAGGAAGAUGAUGAAGAGGAACCUUUUGGAACAUUGACUAAAAAAUUCUCUUCUAGGCAUUUUUUUCAUAAAGCCACCCCAGAACAACGAAACUUUCAACUCCGAUCCCAAACAGAGGAGGACGAGGAGGAAGAAUGGGAAGGAAAACGUAGACAAGGCCCGAGGAACACUCCAUAUUGGUAUUUUUUGCAGUGCAAGGCAUUGAUCAAGCAAGAUAAGCUGGCAGAAGCCCUGGAACUGUUUGAGGUGCAGAUGCUGAAGGAGGAGCGUCUUAAGCCUGAAGAAUCAAACUAUACAGUGCUUAUUGGAGGAUGCGGCCGGGUCGGUUACCUGAAGAAGGCGUUCAGGCUCUAUAACGAUAUGAAAAAGCGAGGCUUAGCACCCACCGACGCUACGUACACGGCUUUGUUCAACGCCUGCGCGGAGUCGCCUUGGAAAGACUCGGGCUUAGAAAUGGCCCUGAAGUUACGACAGCAGCUGCUGAGCAAAAGUGUCGACUUGAAUCCGGUCACCUACCACGCUCUCUUGAAAACGUGCGCCCUCUGUUCGGAUCUCCGGAUGUGCUUAGAAAUACUGAAGGAAAUUGUCGGGAAAGGCCAUCGGCUCACCACGGAGACGUUCAACUUCCUGCUCAUGGGUUGCAUAAAAGACAAAGAGAAUGGGUUCAGAUACGCGUUGCAGGUCUGGCAGCAGAUGGUGAAGCUGAAUCUAAAACCCGACAGUUACACCUACAACCUCAUGCUCCACGCGGCCAGGAGCUGCAGCCUCGGCGACCCCCAGGCGGCUUCUGACUUACUGCUGAGCGCUUACAGUGAACGCCCCGCCACCCCAAAGCUGAGGGCCGGUGAUCGAAAGGGACGGAAGGACAAGGGCCAGAAAGAGAAAGACACCAGGGCUGGAGUUCAGGUGGACGUGGAUGUCUUAGAAAAGCGUUUGUUUCCAGUAUAUUCCAGAAAAACUGAGGAAGAAAGCCGGGCUUUGAGCGAGGCUCAUUCAGAGACGAGUCGUGUCCCCAGUUCACCAGAUUCUGUCGUUGCCAAGGACCUGGUGGUCCCCGAUAAAAGCCAUGUCUUUCCGGUUCCUUCAGAAGGGGCCUUGGCCUGUUUUCCAGAGGCCACGCAGAGUUUUCCCAACUUGCUGGAAGUGCACACCCCCAAUAAAAACGUGGUUUCUUCAGGGACUGUAGCCACAGCCUCUGAUAGGCUCGCUCUGAUGGGCAACAUGGAAGGUUUCCUAAAGAACAUGAAGGACAACGAGGUGCCACCAAAUAUAAAGACGUUCACUCUGCUAGCCGAGGUGGUGGCGCCCAGCAGCCCUUCAGAAUCUUCCUUACUGACCGUCAUGGAGGAAAACGGCGUGAAAGCGGACAUCACUUUUUUAAAUACCUUGAUAAGGAAAAAAAGCAAGCAAGCAGAUCUGGAGGGAGCGAAGAACCUGCUACCUGAACUUCUGAAGAGAGGACUUUCCCCCAAUUUACAGACGUUUUGUAACUUAGCAAUAGCCUGCCGCAAAAAGAACGAUGGACUUCAGUUGCUCGCCGACAUGAAGCUAUCUGGACUGAAACCCAACGUGCACAUCUACGGUACCCUCGUAAACGCAGCCGUGAAGAGGCUAAAUUACAGCUACCUGAUAGAGAUCCUAAAAGAUAUGCGAAACAACCAGGUUCCACCAAACGAAGUGGUCCUGAAUCAACUAGAGUUUGCCGCCCAGUAUCCUCCCAAUUAUGAUAGGUACAAAGAGAAAGAUUAUUACCUGGAGAAAAUCAAUGGUUUUCGAAACUAUUAUUUCCAGUGGCUGAAACACAUGGCAGCAGAAGAAACUCCGCACCCUUGGGCAAAAUACAGAAUUCCUAAGGACGUGUCAAAGAAAGAUAAUGCCAAAGAUGCGGGAAAUGAGAGCAGCCAGUUGAGACAGUAGGAGAAUAAAAAAGAUGGAUACUCCGCACUGAUUACACCGUCAUUUGUAUUUCCUAGUUAACCACUGUCAAGUUUAGCACUAAUGCCCCAAAUGUGUUCAUAACUCAUGGGAAGGACCCUGUCGGCUGCCCCAUGAGGCAUCUGGAGGGCCUAUUAAAAAUCUCAGCACUGUGGUAAAUGUAGGACAUGGUUUUCUAGGGUGAGGGGCAUUAACAAAGCAGCAGUUCCGUAAGCUGGUGGUUGGACCAGUGAGCAAUCUACAUUAAUACUUGAAGCUGUGCUUCAAAGGCAAUUGAAGCAACUGUUGGUUCUCUGCUUUCUUGUGUCCUCUAUGCAGUGAAUUACCCAGCUUUUUCAGCUCAUCAGCUACUUAAGGUGAUGAUGACCAGUCCAGCAAUAUUUACGUCCCAUGAUAAUCUGUUACGUCCUCCCUUUGCAGGUACCCAGAUUUUUCAAGGUAUUAUCUACGAGGGAAUAAAAUCU